ACCUGAAGACCAUCGCCCAACUCAAAAGUAUGGUUGCAACACGAUCAACGACUGCGGGCACUCGUCCAAAGGCUCAGCCUCUACUGGCUAAGCCUUCCAAGGCCGCAAAAGCUGCCAAAACCGCCAAAGUCGCCAAGAUGAAGGCUGAAAAGGAGGCCGAGAGGGCUGCAGCGAAGGCUGUAAAUGACGCGAAGAAAGCUGCAGUGAAGGCUGAGAAGGAUGCAAAGAAGGCUGCAGCGAAAGUCUCAAAGGUUGCCAAUACCAAGAAUGGCACAAAGGGCGCAAAGCGUACAACUGCUGCGAAGACCAAGGCCAUCAAAGCCACGAAAACCGCCAAGAAGGCGAAGGCUACAAAGAGCAGUGUUAGCGCAGCUACCGUGAAGGCUUCAACAAAACAAUAUGACGAGGACGAGGACGAAGACAGCGAAGACAACGAAGAAAGUGAAGAAAACAACUAUGAACCACAGGCCAAAAGACGCAAGGUUAAGACUCUGGCUCCUAAUGUGGAAAUCGGUCGGCCCACAUUCAAACGCCCAGCUUCAAAAAUUGGAAAAUGGGCGUACAUGGAGAAACUUCAUGUCCCAGAAGGUGUGGAGGACGAAUUUCACGGACCUCUGCCACCCAUCUAUAUUGGAGGCGCUGCACCACAGCCUCGUUGGGUGAUCAUUCAAAACGAAAACAGCGAAAACAUAAAAGUCCCUUCUAAACGACAUGCCUCAAAAGCCAGCUCCGGGAGGACUGGUGGUACGAGGGACUUCGGAGAAUUGCAGUGGACCUUUGAAGAAGGUGACUUCAAGAACUGGACCGGGCUAGAAUACCCAGCUCUUUACGAACUUGCGUACCUGUGCCUCGAAUAUACUCUCACCCAUACAAAGCUCCGAGAGCAGAUCUAUGAUUCCCUAGCCCAGGGCCCUUUGCUCAAGGCUGUGGCCAUUGACCCAGCUCUGCCGCCAAUGCCCAUCACAAGGCACUUUGCGACAGGAACCUCCGAGCAAUCCAGUCGAAAGUCAAGUAAUGCGGCCUUUUACUUCCCUAAUUAUGAUCGUCCAAGCAUGGCAGUCCGACCGCGUGACGAUCACAUGGCGCGGCCGUAUCCGCAUGCCGUGGCGUCCAAUAUCUACAAUCGACCAAGAUCGGAAGAAUGGCCGACUGCCUCGCGCUCUGCCAGUCCGGACCUGGAAAGCGAACGGGGUGGCAAACAGGGCAGCGAAGAAAGUCACACAGCCGAGCCCAGGAAGUCGCAAGAUCCAGAGGGUACUUAUUCGGAACCGGCAGCCCCUGCGCCUUUUCGAAACGAUGAAAAGGUUUCACGUGACUCUUUGGAAGGUGUGCGAGUGUCAACUACACUGUGGGGCACCAUACAUAGAAGCAGUCAUACCCAAGACGAUUGGUUGUCGCAUACAAUCUCGGAAGACGGUUCAAUCUUUGGCGACGGCGAUGACGUUCAGACUGAGCCUCACUCAGCUCGAGACUCUCGAGAGCAAUCACCUGAUAGUCCCUUGUCUGGCUCCGGCUCUAACAGCGAGGUCAGCGCUUCUUCCAAGACCAGUGAGCCUAGCAAGGUCAACAUCGCUGACGAUAAUAGCGCCCAAUCGACGAAUAACAUGUCCCCGGUAUCCCACGAUGGGCUAUUCAGCCCUGGACAGAUUGAGCGGUAUUAUAGGAAGAAGCAAAAAAAUUUUGAGAGGCUAGGCGGAGUUGGACAUCGCGAAGCGUCAAAGCGAAAGCGCCGAGCACAGCUCUCACUGGAAGACGCACAGAAAGAGGCGAGAAAAAGAGAACUUGAAAUAAUAGGGGCUCCAAAAUCAAGUAAACGAAUACGGAUGGAGCCUUCAUCAAUACCAUCACCAUCCGCGAUUCGAAGGAAAACAGCGGCUGAGAUCACGGUGGAUAAAGUCAUGUCAUUUGCUCGAGCAGGACAAGACAAACGGGACGAAAUUCGAGCAGCUGCAGCAGAGAAAAUAUCAGACAGGCCGCCGGUGGCACUGAAGAAAACCAUAGGAAACCAGGCGGGUGCAAGACCGCAGGCGGGCGCACCUAGUCCUGAGAUUCCGCCUAAUCUGCAAGAUAGGUUCCUAGAACAGACAAGGAUAUACCUCAAUGACCCAAUACGGAGGGCAAGGCAUUUCCCUGACCCUAUUACUGUUCGCCGAGCCAGGGUGUGGGCAGGGGAGGAAUUGGUGGGCCAUGAGAUCAAACCCACAGUCGACACUACGCUACCCCCUUGGGCUGAAAGGCACCGGCCUUUCAGUCAAUGGCAGGAUCCAAUUGGGGUAAUUCCUACGCCUGCGGCGCGCACAAAGCCCUUGAGAUCAAAAAGACGGAGCAAAGGGCGAGGUAAAAGGAGGCUAAGACCAGCAUCUGCAGAAGAGCAGUCAGUCAUUUCAGCCCGGUGGUCUUCCUUUAGAUAA